UGGCCAGCUCUUCAUCCUGUGGCCACCUGACUUCCUCCCAGCGCAUUCCUGUACUCUGCCAGGGCCACGCUGCCCCGCAGACCCCGGCCCCCACACCCACUCCUGCCCCCUGGAAGCCCCUCAGCCUUCCCGGGACAGUGCACUCCUUGUAGGCACGCAGUCCUGAGACCUCAGAGAGCCACCCCUUGAGGGUGGCCAGGCCCCCCGCGGCCCACCCAAGUGCAGCCUCUGCCCUCAGCCCCGCCCCCGGUCCCACGGCCCCCACCCCCGAUGCCCGGCUGAGACACAGCAGUGGCCCCAGCCUCCCACAAGUCCUCCUGGCCACUGGGGUUGUUGGCACUGCAACGGACGGCUCUGCGGGCAGCAGGCAGCUAACGGACGCAGCUGCCGGCACCAGCAGCAGCGGCAUGGGCAGCGCCAGCCCGGGCCUGAGCAACCUGCCCCCCGGCCGUCCCCUGCUGCCCCCCGACGCUGCGCUGCGGACGGGCCUCGAGAAAGGGGCAGCGGGGGCGGCCGGGGGCCGGGACUGGAGCCCCAGUCCACCUGCCACGCCCGAGCAGGGCCUGUCUGCCUUCUACCUCUCCUACUUCGACAUGCUGUGCCCCGACGACAGCGGCUGGGCAGCCAAGGGCCCUGGGGCCGGCUCCCGGGAAGAGCCGCCCGAGGAGCCUGAGCAGUGCCCGGUCAUCGACAGUCAAGCCCCGGGGGGCGGCCUGGACUUGGUGCCCGGCGGGCUGAGCCUGGAGGAGCACUCGCUGGAGCAGGUGCAGUCCAUGGUGGUGGGGGAGGUGCUCAAGGACAUCGAGACGGCCUGCAAGCUGCUCAACAUCACGGCGGACCCGGUGGACUGGAGCCCUGGCAACGUGCAGAAGUGGCUCCUGUGGACCGAGCACCAGUACCGGCUGCCCCCCGUGGGCAAGGCCUUCCAGGAGCUGGGCGGCAAGGAGCUGUGCGCCAUGUCGGAGGAGCAGUUCCGCCAGCGCUCGCCCCUGGGUGGGGACGUGCUGCACGCCCACCUGGACAUCUGGAAAUCAGCGGCCUGGAUGCAAGAGAGGACCUCCACCGGGCCGAUGCACUACUGCGCCUCCACCCCCGAGGAGAGCUGGACCGACGGCGAGGUGGACUCGUCCUGCUCCGGGCAGCCCAUCCACCUGUGGCAGUUCCUCAGGGAGCUGCUGCUCAAGCCGCACAGCUACGGCCGCUGCAUCCGGUGGCUCAACAAGGAGAAGGGAAUCUUCAAAAUCGAGGACUCUGCCCAGGUGGCCCGACUGUGGGGCGUCCGCAAGAACCGGCCGGCCAUGAACUACGACAAGCUGAGCCGCUCCAUCCGCCAGUAUUACAAGAAGGGCAUCAUCCGAAAGCCGGACAUCUCCCAGCGCCUCGUCUACCAGUUUGUGCACCCAGUCUGAGGGCUGCAGGCCAGGCCUCACCCAGCCUCCCGCCUGCCUGCCCCUGAGCUGGAGUGGAAGGCGCAGGCCGCUCUGAAGUCCAAGGUCGGGGGGCUGGGGGGCGGCCUGCUGCUCCCAGGAUAUCGGCGAGCUCUCAGCAGCCGAGGCAUCCCGGGGCGGGGGCUUCCUCCUCAGAUCUGGAGCACACAGGGUGCCAGGGCUGGCCUCGGUGUCCCCUGCCCCCCCAGGGGGACCAUCCUCCACUGGCCCUGACCCCAAGAUUCCCAGAGUGGAGCCUACAGCAGGCAGUGACUUGGCCAAGGCCACUACACUCCUCUGUCCCCACAUUCCCUGCCACCCAUUCUGGCUGCACCCCAAGUUGGGGAGCCAGGAGUGUCCCUGGGGAUGGAUAAUAAAGAUGCUAGAGAACUGAUACCUGUCUAGUGUCUG